AAUGACGCUAUUGAAAACACUGUAUUCACAGGAGUUGCAGUUGCCAUUCAGACUGAUAUGCCAUCCAAUGAAGCAUUGCCAGUGGCUUUUGUUUCUCCCAAGGGGUCAAAAGAAAUGAAACGUGGCAGCUCGAUCAAUAUAGUGGGAGGUGAGAACAAGACUAAACAUGGCACAAGCAAUAGUAAUGGUUCGGGUAGUGCUGCGCGUAUUGCCAAUGUCAUUGCAUCGUUUCCCAUGUCACUUGUUCGUAGAUUCCGCUAUCUUGCACAAUUUGGACCUCGAUAUGACAAAGGAUUUGACGGUCACACUCAGCCAGACUCUAUUCCGCCUGCUGGGUUACCGUCAAUUUCGUCCAAAUCAACCAGCACAGCGGAUGAUAUUGGCGAAGUUCGUUUCUAUAUAUCGCUGCAUCGGAUCAAAAACUUGCCUGGGCUUGCAGUGGUUGACUUUAAGCGACUUCGUGGCGAUAUCUGGCAAUUUAAGCGGUUGUACAAUGAGAUUAUUCCUCGGCUUUCGCUGCAGGAACAAACAUUUGGACUUUUGUGAUGUUACACUAGUUUUUGCUAAUGUUUGUAAUCAUUGCACAUUGAAUGGGUUGAGUCAUACAUUUAUUUUCCUCGUUUUAUCAUUUUACUCUAAUGUACUUUAUUUUUGGAACUAUUUCCCGUCAUUGAUCCAUGCUUGAUUCCCACGUCAAUGGCAGAAAUGAAACACUAUAUAUUGUCUUUA